AUGGCAGACCAUCAUCCAGAAAGUAAUGGAAUUCAUAUUGAGGCGCAUCAACAACAAAUAAUACCUCAACAGCACCAGCAGCAACAAAUAAUACCCCAAGCUCAACAACAUGUUAAUGGAAUUUCUACUGUUCCACAACAUCACAACAAUGAAUCCUAUGCCUCUAAUCCUUAUAUUACUCCUCAAAAUGAAGUACUUGACCAUUCAAAACACGAUCGUGAAAUAGUUAUUGAAGUGAGUCCAAAUGACGUAUUUGAUGUUUACGUUACUCGUAAUAGAGAGAGAGUUUGGUUGAUUGAUUUUAAUCCAUUUGGAUCUAUGACAGAUAGUAUUUUAUACUCGUGGGAAGAAAUCUUGUCAGAAACAUUAUCUUCUUUGACAUUAUUUAGAAUUGUAACCUCACAGAUAGAAGCAAGCCAAUUUCAUAAUCAAAAUUUUUCAGUAAAUAGAUAUCCACGAGAAGUCAUUGAUUUUUCACAAGGUCAAACUGUGAUUGAAUUUGCUGAAAGAUUUCAACGUGAAUUG